AUGUUUAUACUUAUUACAUUUAUUAUAUUGAUUAUUUUACUAGUUUUAUUACAUCAAAAUUAUAAUAAAUAUGCACAUGGUUUAAGAGAAAGACCAUCUUAUUUCUUAUGGCUCUGUACACGUUUUCUUGAUUAUAAAGGUUGGACAACAGAACAAUAUUGUCUUAAUACAAAUGAUUUGAAAUCAACUGAUCAAUCAGGAUAUUUAACUGAUAAAGAUAUUCCAACACGCAAUCAAUCAAGACCAAAAAUGUUACGUGCCUUACCACAUCGUCAAUUAACUCAACAUGCACCAGAUGAUAUUAUGUAUGAAAUGCACAAACAUAUGGAAUCAAUAUCAAUACCAAAAUACGGUGGACAAACUAUAAAUAAUGAACUUCUAUUACGUGGUAGUUCAAUUAAUGAAUAUACUGGUGCUGAUGCUUUAUUUUUACCAAAUGCUGAUGAAAAAACACUAGGACAUGGUGAAUUGGCACAUUUACAUUCAAAUGAUGGAUCAUUUCAUAUGAUACUUCAUCCAUCUGAUGCUAAAUUAUUAAUUGAUAAACAAUGGGCAGAAAGAUUUCCAUUACACGGAGUCAAUUUCUUGAACAGAAUUCAAGUUCCUGAAUCAUUUAUAUUACUUUAUGCACCACAAAAUGAAAAUGAAGUUAAAAUGUGGAAAACAAUUUUAAAUGCUGCUAUUGAUUAUAAUCGAGAUAUGCGUAAACAUAAACAUUAA